UACAAAAUAAAAUUGUUGAACAAUCAACUUACACUAAUACAAACCCUAAACGGACCAUCCUACAGUAAACCGCUCACGUUACAUAUAAAACCUAAACCCUAGGAAUCGUCAAGCCCUCUGCAAUAAUUUGUCAAUACCCCUGCGAUUUUUAUCGCAGCCCAGUCUCUUCUUGUAUUUUUUGGUCUGUGUAUAGAUUAACCAAGCAAAAAUGAAGACAAUCAUCGCUUCAGAAACAAUGGAGAUCCCAGAGGGAGUAAAAGUUGAAAUAAAGGCCAAGAUGAUCAGAGUAACAGGCCGCCGGGGCACACUUACCAGAAAUUUUAAGCACUUGAAUCUUGAUUUUCAGCUCACUGAAAAGGGCAGGAAAUUGAAGGUGGAUGCAUGGUUUGGAUCCAGGAAAACAAUGGCAGCUAUCAGGACUGCACUGAGCCAUGUCCAGAAUCUAAUCACUGGUGUUACCAAGGGAUACAGUUACAAGAUGAGGUUUGUGUAUGCUCACUUUCCCAUUAAUGCCAGCAUCGGAAACAACAGCACCAACAUUGAGAUCAGGAACUUUUUGGGAGAGAAAAAGGUGAGAAAGGUCAAUCUCUUAGAGGGUGUUACUAUUACCAGGUCGGAAAAGGUGAAGGAUGAAUUGAUUUUGGAGGGAAAUGAUAUUGAGCUGGUUUCAAGAUCCGCUGCUUUGAUAAAUCAGAAAUGCCAUGUGAAGAAUAAGGAUAUUAGGAAGUUUCUGGAUGGUAUUUAUGUGAGUGAGAAAGGCAACAUCGCUGAAGAGUGAACGGCAGUUGUUGAAAAACUUUCUUUAUCCAAUUUGGGAGAUGCAGAGACGGUUAUUUGUUAAGGAUCCAAACUUUGUUUUUUACGUGCAUUUGUUUAUCGGCACUCUUUAAAAACUAUAUUUUUUUUAAUGAGAACUUAGGAGUUUUACAUGUACUUUAACACUUUGCUGAGAAAAUGAACUCUACUUUCGCAGAGAUUUCAUGUAAGAACUGAACAACCUGCUUGCCUAUGUUUAAUUUUGUCAUUUCAAUUUAAACUUUCUUUCCAUGUAGGAAAGAUGGUUUCUUUUGGUUUUCCA